AUGGCUGAUGAGACGAUCACGCCAGCCAUGCCGCCGCCGGCUGGCCAGACUUCCAACUUUAUCAACCCCGACUACACCGGAACGAAGUUCAUUGCUGUGAACUCCGUUUUCCUUCCUUUGGCUGUGAUUGCUCUCGCUGUUCGAACAUGGACUCGACUCUUUGUGGUGCGCAGUUUUCGCUGGGAUGAUUACCUAAUGCUUACGGCUCUUGUGCUGUCUUGUGCUCUUACUGGUGUGACAUCAGAUAUGCUGAAUUGGGGCCUGGGAAAGCACAUGUGGGAUGUUUCCUCUAACUCAUCUAACACCGCAAUUUAUGAAGGUUUCACCAAAUGCUCGGUCCUCAUAUUUUAUCUUCGCAUCUUCCCUAGCCGCAACUUUCAUAUCGCUGUGUGGUCGAUUGUUUUCAUCGCGGCCGGAUACAGCUUCGCCAGUAUUCUCGCCAACAUCCUUAGUUGCAGCCCUGUCGCCAAGGCCUGGGACCUAUCCAUAACGUCUGGACAUUGCAUGAACCGACCGGUCUUUUACUUCGCCAACGCGGGAUUGGGUAUAUUCACUGAUUUCGCAACUGUCAUUGUCCCAAUUCCAUGGCUACGCCGAUUACAGAUGCCGAACCGGCAGAAGAUUGCCGUUGGUGUCAUCCUCGCUAUGGGAUGCUUUGUCGGUAUCGUCAGUUGCAUCCGCCUCGUCACACUUUAUAAACUGCUCGAAAGCCCAGAUCUGACCUGGGUUACGACGGAUGCGCUUAUGUGGUGCACGAUUGAACUAAAUUUAGGAAUCUUUGGUGGCUGUAUCACAGCUAUUCGGCCAUUCAUUCGACGAUAUUUUCCCCGGCUGCUGGGACUUUCCUCUGGCGGUGGAUACGGCUCAACGCGAUCUCGCAAGUAUGGCCACCCUCUUGGCUCGAUCCCUCGGAGCGACCAUCCGGAUUUUACGAAUGGGGAGAAUCAGUACUCAGCAACUCUUACCACCCACAGGGCUCACGGAAACGGGAGCGAGGAACACAUUCUACCGACGCCGCGUUCUGCAGAGCAUAACAAGGAGGUGGAGGCAGCAAUCGGAAUCGUGCGCACAGUCGAGUUUGACGUGGAAAAUUCAUCCACCUCUGCGCGAUGA